AUGGCCGAAGUCAACACCAAGAGCGGCACUGUCGCCAUCGUAAUCGCCGUCUUCAUCAGUAUCGCCUUCUAUAAUGUCCUCGAGCUCAACGCCUACAUCUUUGGUAGCUUCAAGAAGCGCAGCGGUCUAUACUUUUGGAGCUUUGUCGUUGCGACAUGGGGUAUCGCCUUCAAUGGCACCGGAUACCUCAUCUUGCAUCUGUCGCUGUCUGAGCAGAAGUACCUAUACUCUACACUCAUCCUUAUCGGGUGGUGCACGAUGAUCACUGGGCAGUCUGUUGUCUUGUACUCGCGUUUGCACAUCGUGAUGCAUAACCAGCGGUGGUUGAAGAUAGUCUUGGUUAUGAUCAUCUCCAAUGCGCUUUGGCUGCAUCUUCCUGUUAUCAUUCUGGUCUAUGGCGUAGGCUCAUCAAACCCAAAGCCUUUCCAGAAGCCAUACGAGGUCUUUGAGAAGAUUCAACUUAGCGUUUUCUUUGUUCAAGAGCUCAUCAUCUCAAGUCUUUACGUCUGGGAAACUACCAAACGUCUAAGGCUGGAAAAAAGUAUUGGCAAUACCAAGACGAAGAUGGUGCUCAACCAUUUGAUCAUCGUCAAUAUCCUCGUCAUUCUCCUUGACGUCUCUAUUCUGGCACUUGAGUUUGCAAAUCUCUUCGACAUCCAAACUGCUUGGAAACCUCUUGUUUACAGCGUCAAGCUUAAGCUCGAAUUUAGUAUACUCAAUCGUCUUGUCGAACUUACAAGAGGACGAAACGAGAGUUCAUACGGACCCAGUCACGGGGCUACUCAGCAUGAUGAGAUAGGCUUGGAGACCAUCAAUCGUGACAGGCGGAAGCAGUUCACUGGUGCUCAGGGGACGAUUACGGGUGAUUACGAAGUUCGUGUUGGGAAGGGUGAUGACAAUCAUCGUGUCUUUGACAAUGACACAGAUUUGAUCAAGACAACUGAGAUUACUGUUCACAGUGAGAGAUAUCCUGUGCAUGGCAGGGACAGUUCGGAGGGUGAGUCGCCUGAGGGUAGACAGCAUAUGCCAAGGGGUAGUGCGUCGUCAGCGUCUUCGGAAGUUCAAUUUGCGAAAUACGGAAAUUAA